AGAUCUCUGGCUUACCUGAUCUGGAAUGUCCUUUCUAAUUCUAGUGUAUCUACCAGUCCAAAGCCUACCAAAUUAGCUUUCCUCAGUUCAAGAGUUAAUCAUCAGCUUCUUAUGUAAAUCAGAACAGGAAAGUCUUGCUUAGCCAAUUCCUCUGAAAAUAUUGGUCUGAUGCUAUUCUUCACUAUCCUUGAGACCUCUAUCUGCCUGCUUGCAUCUGCCUGUCACCAGGAAGCCCUUGCUGGCCCAUGACCGAAGUUCCCUGGGGCCAACAGCUGCUGGGAAUGUCCAGUGAGACCAGGUGGCCCAGCAGGAUGGAUGGGGAUUGGGUGCACCCAGGGAAGGCCUUGAUCUGGGCUGUUGGGUUCCUUGCAGCCACCGCCAAGGGGCUCGCUGCCGAAGUGCCACAAAGGAACACCAGCCUGGGAUGGGUCCAGGGGAAGCAAGUCACUGUGCUGGGAAGCCCUGUGCCUGUGAACGUGUUCCUUGGGGUCCCCUAUGCUGCACCCCCUCUGGGGCCCCUGCGAUUUGCGGAUCCACAGCCUGCAUUGCCCUGGAAUGAUUUGAGAGAAGCCACCUCCUACCCUAACUUGUGCUUCCAGAACUUAGAGUGGCUGUUAACAGAUCAACGCAUGCUCAGGGUGUAUUACCCCAAAUUCGGAACAUCGGAAGACUGCCUGUACCUUAACAUCUACGCGCCAGCUCAUGCUGAUAUGGGCUCCCAGCUCUCAGUCAUGGUGUGGUUCCCGGGGGGCGCCUUCGAGAUGGGGUCAGCCUCCAUCUUCGAUGGGUCCGCCCUGGCUGCCUACGAAGACGUGCUGGUUGUGACCACCCAGUACCGGCUGGGAAUAUUUGGCUUCUUCACCACACAAGAUCAGCAUGCUCCAGGGAACUGGGCCUUGAAGGACCAGGUGGCUGCCCUAUCCUGGGUCCAGAAGAACAUCCAGUUCUUCGGUGGGGACCCCAGCUCCGUGACUAUCUUUGGCGAGUCAGCAGGAGCCAUCAGUGUCUCCGGCCUGAUUCUGUCUCCCAUGGCCAAUGGCUUAUUUCACAAAGCCAUCAUGGAGAGUGGGGUGGCUAUCAUUCCUUACCUGAAGGCCCCUGAUGACAAGAGGAUUAAGGAUUUGCAGAUGGUUGCGCAUGUCUGUGGUUGCAAUGCAUCAGACUCCGUGGCCCUGCUGAAGUGUCUGAGGGCAAAAUCCUCCGAGGAGUUGCUGGCCCUUGGGCAGAAAAUGUCUUUCACUCGAGUGAUUGAUGGGCUUUUCUUCCCGGAUGAGCCGCAAGAAUUAUUGUCCCUAAAAGCAUAUGCAGCAACUCCUUCUAUCAUUGGCAUCAAUAACCAUGAGUGUGGCUAUCUGCUGCCCUUGAAGGAGAUGCCUGAGAUCCUCGCUGGCUCCAACAAGUCUUUAGCCCUCCGCCUGAUCCACUCCAUGCUGCAUGUCCCCUUACAUUAUUUGCACGCUGUGGCUGAUGAAUACUUCAGUGACAUGCACUCCCUGGUUGAAAUCCGAGAUAGUCUUCUGGACUUGUUUGGAGAUGUAUUCUUUGUAGUCCCUGGGGUGGUCACAGCUCGCUAUCACAGAGAUACUGGUGCACCUGUCUACUUCUAUGAGUUUCAACACCGGCCCCAGUGCUUUGAAAACACAAAACCAGCUUUUGUUAAAGCUGAUCACAGUGAUGAAAUCCGCUUUGUGUUCGGAGGUGCCUUCCUGAAGGGCGACAUUGUCAUGUUUGAAGGAGCCACAGAGGAGGAGAAAGUGCUGAGCAGGAUGCUGAUGAAAUACUGGGCUAACUUUGCACGUACUGGGAAUCCGAAUGGGGACGGCCUGCCUCCGUGGCCGGCCUAUGAUUUGACCGAGAAGUACCUGAAGCUGGAUGUGAACGUGAGCCUGGGACAGAGACUAAAAGAGGACAGAGUGGAGUUCUGGACGGACACCGUCCCCCUGAUAAUGUCCACUUCCCACACUCUGCUCCGGCCCCCCGCCUGCCUGAGCUUCCUGACUCUGCUGCUGCCCCUCUUCGCCUCUUUUGCUCCCUGAGAGGUUAUCUCUGUGUGAUUGAGGUUUCCCUUCCCCUUCUGCCGAUUUCUCCCACAAUCGUGAGCUUCCUUCUGAGUUUAGCAGCUUCUUUGGGGAUCUUUGUGGAGUAAGCUGCUUUAGCUGAUGCUUUUAUGGGCUCAGGGAUGAUCUUUAUAGAAUUCUUUUCAGCAUCGAAAAAAUGCAAUUUGUCUUAGAAGGCAACAAGAUUUCUUCAAAAAAUCUGGAGGAGAGCUGGCCUCUUUGUCAUAAUGAUCUUAUUACUCACAUAAAAUAAAAUCAAAAGGUAACAUA